AUGGGUAAAAAGAGGACGGCAGAGGACAGAAGAAAACAAGCUGAGGAAAGCGGCUUCAACUUCGACGACGAGGACGUUGACGAUACACCUGUCCCACGAUUUGUUCUGGGAUAUACCGAAAGAGUGUGCAAUGUACAGGUAGAGCUCUGGCAGGAGUACCAACAAAAGUGCCCGGGUGCCAAUCACAGCGAUUUGAGAACUCUGAAGAAAUUCGCCGAAUUCAUAGCCAGCUGUACUUCGGGGAUUCUUGACCCGGAAGGCAAAGCUACUGUUCAGACUGUGCGCAAUCAUUUCCGUCGCUUUGUGUCAGGCUGGAAUCGCAACAACCCUAAAUCAUUGAUCACUAGGGAUCAUACGGAUUCCAUCACCAAUCAUACGGAGAUGUUAAUCGCAUGGAAGAAUGGUCAGCCAGAGCUGCGCUACAGUCUUAAACGGGAGUUUGCGAAAGGGAUGCACAACAAGGAAGAUCAGCGACCAACGCACAUUUUAUAUGAGCACUUACCCGGCCAGCCUCUCAUUCUAAACCCGAUCGUCUUUCUGCUGGCCAUAUUCCUCGCACGAGGAGCUUUCAAAAGCUACAGUGACAUUCAGCAGAUUUUGGACACGAAACCACCAUCUGAUCAAGGAUACUGGGUUUUGGAUUGGGCAGAUCAUGUUAAGGAUCUCCCAGUGUUUCCAACAAUGACUGCAAAGGGUCUGACCCAGAAGAUUCAAACGGCUGGUGCGUUUGCCAAUCAGAUCAGGGGUCUAUCAAUACGUGCAGGAAUGGAACGACCCGUGACACCACAUGGAAUCCGCCGAGAAUGCCUGAUCCAAGCUACAAGUAACGGUUACUCCAAGGAUGAGUUGAUGAAGUUUGCUGCUCAUACAAAUCAAAUGACACUAACCAGGGACUAUUUGAGCUCCAUUACGCAUGUGGAUGGUCAAGGAAGUUUUCUCAAGAUGCCCUUGCGGAGCGAUCAAGCCGAGGACUUCCGUUCAAUGACUGUCAAAAGAAAUCCAGACCUUUUUCUCUCUUUGCCUGCAAAGGCACAGGAUGAGCUAAGACAGCGACCUGAUUAUGUUGUCAUUUCCGAGCAGCUCAAGGAUCUAGCUUCCAAGACGGAUGCUCAAAGCAGAAAAGACAAAAGCCGACUUAUCUCAUGCAGACGCAAGCUUGAGAAAGCGGAGCUGGACAAAGUUCGCAGUUCCCAGUCCCAGGUGCACCCAAAAGAUCGCGAAGAGCUAGAGAGGCACUAUGUAGACCAGGACCGUUCCCGGUUUGGGCGCCUGAGACAUAUGAUGCCGGAGCGCAGACGUCUCUCCAACGCACUAUUCCAGGUGGCUGAUCUAAGGAGCGAGAUUGGAAUUUCGGCCAUAAAAGAUCUUUAUGGUCUUUUGAAGAACGACUGCCAAGUUGCGUAUCAACCAUCUCUGCGGCCAAUUGAUGGCAAAUGCCCCAGGAAGGAAUGCAACGUGGAAAUCGACUCGUACGUAAAAGUAAAAUUCGAUCCGAUUGAAGUGCUACUUACGUAUCUAUUUGUUAGGAUCGAUGCCGAUGAUAGAUGGGAUCAUGUUUUCAAAUGCGUCAAGGCACAGCAACAAGGAGAGCACAAGUUCGUUGAAUUUUGCUUCAUAUGCAAUCAAGCAGUCGGAGGAUUUGAACAAUGGGAAAUUCACUGUCAGGAACACAUCAGGAAAUGUGAAAUCCCUACACGAUGUGACUUCGUGAAGUUCCGCCGAGCCAUCGCCUACGCUGGCAACUGCAUAACAUGCCUACAUAACGAACAACUGCCUGCUGCAAGACGGCUUUACGGGUUCAUGAAGCAGUCGAGCUGGAAGAAACACAUUCACGAAUGUUUCUUUUCUGACAUAAACAAAUCUGGUUCCCAAACGGAGCUCCAUUGUCCAGAUCCUCUUUGCUCAACAGAGUACGACUCAACAGAGGACUUAUGGUACCACCUACAGGACGUCCACAGCUAUCCCUCUCCACAGGCUCGUUCCCGGUUGAAAACUGAAAAGGAUACAUUCAUGAGGGGUUAUGCGGCGCCAAAUCCUCACCAGCCAAAGCGUCGUCGAAUUCGUGAAAUCAGCACCGAUGUGAUUAAGGAAGACCUUUUUGAAACUCAGUCUGAAACGAUUUGCACCACGCCGUCUACUUUUAGCAUUUUUUCAACAAGUUGCGAUUCUUUUGAUGCGAGCACCCCUGUGCCCCCAAUUUCCGAAGAUGAUUUACACUACGCGGCAAAACAAAAGUUUCUGCGACUGGAAACAAGCGCCCUUGCUGCUCUCGCAGAUUCUAACAGUAUUUCUGGGAACUUUGAAGUUGUCAAUACCGGAUUGAACAUUAACUCCAUCACUUCUACGGAGGAAACAAGGUAUUUGUCAAGCAACAAUACGACAUCAUACCUCGAUCCUUUUACAAACUCUAAAAUCUGCGAGCCUGUCAAGAUUCUCGGAUUUACUGUAGAUUUGGUGGAUCCGGAUCUUCUUGGGGUGGCGACGAACCAUAACCUAUCUUCAGAUAAGGUGCCUUUGCAAACAGACUGCCAACCAAUGGCCCUCGACGAAGAACAAGACAUAUGGGAGGCCGAGAAACUGCUUGCAAAACGUCGUCGCGGCCGACAGAUUCAAUACCUUGUCAAGUGGAAAGGUUUCCCAGAUGAAGACAAUACUUGGGAACCAACGAAGAACAUUUUUGACAAGCAUCUCAUCAAGAGCUUCAAUUCUAGCAGGAGAUGA